AUGUCGGCGGCGGAGGGGGCCCGGGAGGGCGUCAGGGAGGGCUCAGGCGGCGCGGCGGAUCUUCUGCUGACGUUUCUUUUACCUUCUCAUUUUUCUGCAGGCCACCGAUGUCCACCAGCAAGAAGCGGCCAUCGUUGCGUGGCAGAUAACGCCAACUUGUACGUGUUUGGAGGCUACAACCCUGACUACGAUGAGUCUGGUGGGCCAGAGAAUGAAGACUACCCGCUCUUCAGGGAACUCUGGCGGUACAACUUUGCUACAGACACCUGGCACCAGAUGGGCACGGAAGGCUACAUGCCCAGGGAACUCGCCUCCAUGUCACUUGUGCUGCACGGCAACAACCUGCUGGUUUUUGGGGGCACGGGCAUCCCUUUUGGGGAGAGCAACGGCAACGACGUCCACGUCUGCAACGUCAAGUACAAAAGGUGGGCCCUGCUCAGCUGCCGAGGAAAGAAACCGAAUCGAAUCUACGGCCAGGCCAUGGCCAUCAUCAAUGGUUGUCUCUACGUGUUUGGAGGAACAACUGGUUACAUUUACAGCACUGACCUACACAAGCUGGACCUCAAUACUAGAGAGUGGAUCCAGCUGAAACCCAACAAUAUGUCCUGCGACAUGCCAGAGGAGAGGUACAGACAUGAAAUCGCACAUGAUGGUCAACGGAUUUAUAUCUUGGGAGGAGGAACUUCCUGGACAGCUUAUUCCUUAGAUAAGAUCCACGCUUACAACCUUGAAACCAACACCUGGGAGGAAAUUGCCACAAAACCUCAUGAAAAAGUUGGUUUCCCAGCAGCCAGAAGAUGCCAUAGCUGCGUUCAGAUAAAAAAUGAGGUGUUCGUUUGCGGAGGCUACAACGGAGAAGUGAUUCUGGGAGACGUUUGGAAGCUGAAUCUGCAAACUUUCCAGUGGGUCAAGCUCCCAGCUGCCAUGCCAGAACCCGUGUAUUUUCACUGUGCUGCUGUCACACCAGCCGGCUGCAUGUACGUUCACGGAGGGGUGGUCAACAUCCACGAAAACAAACGGACUGGCUCUCUCUUUAAAAUGUGGCUGGUGGUACCCAGCUUGCUGGAACUGUCGUGGGAGAAGCUCCUGGAAUAUUUCCCUCAUCUAGCAACCCUCUCCCGAUCUCAGCUUUUGCACCUUGGACUGACGCAGGGACUCGUUGAGCGGCUAAAAUGAGAACAUCAUCUCCCGCUUACUGUCCAAGACACACUACGUUCAAGAAGCCCCCCCUUCCUGCCCCCUAUUUAUGGAUACCGUUGGAUGGUCUUGCUAAGAAACAUGGAGGAACCUGCUCGACGCCUUACUCAGCUAAUACAUCGAUGCCUUUCUAGAAAUUUUUACUUUUAAGUUGUUGAAAAAAAUCCACUUUUUAUUUAUGGAUCUCUAAAUCGCACCAUUAAUCGAAACUAUACUCUCUGGGACUAAUCCCUAACAUCCAGCCAUCAAA